GCUCCGGAAAACAGGGUUGACUUUCUGGGGCCGGAGUUCUUGGUUUCUGAUAAGGGGAAAACAAUGUCAGAGCCAAGGGUCACUGCGAGAAUCGGCAUUUCCGUUUGAGGGAUCCCUAGAAGAAGCGGGAGCUAAAGAGAGAGUCACCCUGCUUGCUAACAGGUGGUCCCCACCUGUCUGAGGGCACACAGCUAGUAGCACUGCCCGCCGGAGCAGUUUCCCUUGUUCCUAAGUGGAGACUCGCGUUGCUAAUAUGGAAAGGAAAGGUCACAGGGUUGCUUGUGUGACUGUCGCAAUUUAAGCAGCUCUUUGUAAAUAAGCGAUUCCCAGCCAUUGUAAAGGAGAGCGGGACUAAGGCCUGCGUGUCACGUUGUAUCUGUUCUAAAAAGAUAAAAUAAGGUAAGCGGGACAAGGUCACCGAGGCCUCCGAUUGGUUUUUCCUUUUUCUUUUUCUUUUUGUAUUUUUUUUUAUUGGAGUUUGAUUUGCCAACAUAUAGUAUGGCUCUCAGUGCUCAUCCCAUCAAGUGCCGCCCCCCUCAGUGAGAUUGAUUUUUCAUUUUAAUUGAAAGGAGUUGUGGGGCACCCCCAGGAGACUCAGAGGCUGAGCCUCUGCCUCCGGCCCAGGCCCAGGGAUCCUGAGAUGCAGGCCCUUGAUCCCGGGGUCCUGGGAUCGAGUCCUGCAUCCGCUCCUCACAGGGAGCCUUCUUCUCCUUUUACCUGUGUCUCUGCCCCUCUCUCUGCGUCUCUCACGAAUACAUAAAUUAAAAAAAAAAUUUUUUUUAAGAGUCUAAUUAAAAGGAGUUGAGAGGCGACUCAUUUACAAAGUUGAGAAGUAAAACUAAGCCUCCUUAAUUGUGCGGUUGUAUAUGCUGAACUACAAAUCUUUAUAAAAUAACACUGAUAGUGAUGAUAAAGCUAAAUUUUAUUGAAUAUUGUGUGCCCGCCUGAUUAUACGCAUGUUCCAGUUCAUUGAGUUCUCACAACAGUCUAUAAAGAAACUGAAACACAGAGAGGUUAAGUGCCUUGCCCAAAGUCACACAGCUAGUAAGUGGAGAGUUUCUCAGAUUGGCAGAAAAUUAUAUUUGAUGGGGACCGUUGUGUGUGGGUUUUUUUUUUUUCUUAACUUAUGUACUGGGUUGUAUCUCCCACAUACAUAGGGGCAGCAUUGAGGGCGAGAGCAAGGCUCCAGGUCCCCAGUGCUGAGCUUGCUGCCGUUGCUGGGUGGUCUCCUCUUUACUUCCUUUUUCUGGGCCUCCGUUUUCUCAUCCACAAAAUAGUCACAAUAAUCCUAUAUUGAAGGAAUGCUUUACUUCUCGCUGGAACAUGAAGUGUGAAUUGUGAAAGAGAAACCAGUCCAGCAAGUAAAAAAGAAGUUCCAGAGGCAAGUGGCUUUUGUCUUCAUUAACAGUCAGCUGGAAAAUGAUAAAGGAGAAAAAGCCAAACAAUCUACACACGUAAAUGUGAUUUGCCCAACUAUUAAUGUUUGGAAAUUACGUUUUUAAAAAAAGAACAACAAAACUUGAGUUCUGUUCUUGGAGCCUUAGUUUUUACACAUAUUAAAAUAACAAUAAUAAAUGUAAAUCAGACCUCAGAGCUUUUGGGGGGCAGGUCACAAUGAAAAGCAUCCCCCGGCCGGCAGGUGCUUUUGUCUUGUUGAUUUCGGGCAGGAGGGCAGGGUGGGGGUUUUGGUGGUUUUUGUUUUUUAUCCUUUCACUUUUCUACAUUCUUUUAUUUCAGCAAUCUGUGGUGGGUCAGAGAACAACUAUCUGGAAAAUAUAUGUAAAGUCCUUCCCUAUUCUCUCUUUCUUUGGAAAUUGUUCUUAGAAGACAGCUUGCAGGAUUGCUCUUUUAAAUACGUUCUCACCAUGGCCACUUGGGUGUCAUCCGUAUCCCCGGCUGGCUCUUCCCACUGUAUGACUUUGCCAGAAAUGAUUUCUACGUCCGUCUGUGUAUGUUUCUCAAAGAUGGGCACUUAGUCCCACGUAAGCACACUACUGAGCUGCGUUGACUUUGUUUCCCAUCUGUACAGUGGGACCCGCACAACCUGCCUGGCGGUGCUGGUCUGAGGACGAGGGUGGCGGUCUGGACGGUCGUGUAGGGUGCGGUGACCAGUGAGUGCCCAGUGACUGGUUGCCAUCACACUCAUGAAGUCAUCUUUACCAGCUCUCGGUUUUUGUGUUUUUUCCUCUUUUCUUUUUCUAGAUAGUUCAGUUGUGGCAAUUUCACUUCUACUUCCCCUGUCUCCUCCCUGCCUACUUCAGGCGUCUAUGUUCUGUGUUCCCUUGAUCUACGCUCUGUUUCCCCCUGAACUUUCAGUGCCGUUGUGUGCAGCCUGACCUACAGCUGGUGCUCCUCUGAUCCCCGCAGCCCAUACGAUACCAGCACUCUCUGGGCGCCCUACACAUGUUCGCUGCUGCCCGGCCCCGGCCCGCCGGCCGCGUGGCGAGUUCGAGGCCCGAGUCCACUAGCCCCGCGGCGGCGCUGACACCUGCAGCCCCGAGCCCGGGAGAUGGUGUCCCAGUCGGCGGGCCGGCCCGAGGCCCCCGGGGACGCCCGCGGGAGGGCCGGCAGGGGCCCCGGCGACCCGGAAGGCCCGCGCAGCUCCCCGCACCCCGAGCGGCCCCGCUGCGCGCCCGACGCCCGGCUGCGGAGGCACAGGGCCGCCUGGGUGCAGCCGCCGCCCGCGCAGCGCCCGGGGCCGGACUCGCCCUCCGCGGGGGCCCCGGGGCGCCGGCCGGCCUGUCCCCGGGGCAAGGGGGGCCCGGAGCCCCGGGAGCUGCCCCCCGCCCCGCCUGCGCCGCGGACCCAGGGCGGCGCUGCUCCGCCGCCUCCAGCACAGGAAGGUGCUGUGCAAGUCAGUGGAAGAACCUUGAAUCCCUUCUCACCAGAAGCAUUCCUGCUCCCUGUCGAUGUUGAAAAGGAAAACGCCCACUUCUACGUUGCGGAUAUGAUUAUAGCGGCAAUGGAGAAGAUCAAGUAUGCCAUCCUGAGUCAGCAGCACCCAGACCCCUGGGGUGAGGAAGAGGCCAGGGGGGCACCCGGCAGUGGUCACGCUGAUGCUGAGACGAACUUCUAUAGCAACAUGAAGCAAGGAUCUGGGUCUUCCAACUCUUCUGACAGCGGCUAUGAAGGUUGUGCUGUGUUACAGGGCAGUCCGGUGGCUGGGACACCCACUUACGGUGACGUUCUCAAAGAAGCCUGUAAAUGUGACUUUGAUGACUUUGUUGUCGUAGAGCUUGGUGAGUUUAGCAAUAUCACAGAAACCUGUGGAUGCUCCUGCAGCUCUUCCAAGAGUAUCGUUUAUGAGCCAGACUUCAAUUCCGCUGAGCUAUUAGCCAAAGAGCUGUACCGAGUAUUCCAGAAGUGCUGGAUGUGGUCAGAAGUUCAUCAUCAGCUGGAAGGUUCUCCCAAUGCUGCUGGCUCCAUAGUUGUAAAUGAAGAGCGCGUCCGGAAAGACUUUGAAUCCAGUGUGGAUGUGGUUCAGGAAAUUAAACUUCAGUCGAAGAUCAGAGAGGCUGAAGACUGGGAGCCCCCCCGAUUUCAAAUCAUAUUUGAUGUUCAUCCACCACUCAAGAGGGAUCUCGUGGUAGCAGCCCAGAACUUUCUGUGUGCUGGCUGUGGCACGCCGGUAGAACCCAAGUUCGUGAGGCGCCUGCGGUACUGUGACUACCUGGGCAAGUAUUUCUGUGACUGCUGCCACACCUACGCAGACACCUGCAUCCCGGCCCGGAUCCUGAGCACAUGGGACUUCAGGAGGUACUACGUCAGCAACUUCUCCAAGCGCCUGCUGGACAGUGUGUGGCACCAGCCCAUUUUCAAUUUGCUGAGCGCAGGCCACAGCCUGUACGCCAAGGCCAAGGAGCUGGACCGAGCCAGGGAAAUCCAGGAGCAACUUUUUCAGAUCAAGAAGCUGUUGAAGACCUGCAGGUUUGCUGAAAGCGCGUUAAAGGCAUUUGAGCAGGUGCCGAGGCACUUGACCGACGAUCUCCACCUGUUCUCUCUGGAGGACCUGGUCAGGGUCAAGAAGAGGCUGCUGGUGCCCUUGCUCAAGGACAUUCUCAAAGCUUCCCUUGCACAUGUGGCCAGCUGUGAGCUGUGUCAAGGAAAGGGCUUCAUCUGCGAGUUUUGCCAGAGUACAGCCGUCAUCUUCCCAUUUCAGACCGAAACGUGUAGACGAUGUGCAGGGUGCAGAGCUUGCUUUCACAAGCAGUGCUUCCAGUCCUCCGAGUGCCCCCGGUGUGCCAGGAUCACAGCCAGGAGAAGACUUCUGGAAAGUUUACCCUCUGCAGCAACAUGAGCCCCUGACCACGGUGGAAAAGACUGUUCAACAUGCCUUAUAACACCAAUUUGUGUCGAUUAUUGACAAUCGUGUUUCAGAUUUUGAGUAUUGUAUAUUAAGGAAAAAUGGUGGCCAAUCUUUUUUAUUAUAUAUAUAUAUAUUUAAUGUGUUACAAAGAAUGCACAUUUUUUUGUUAUUAAGCAUAGGUUUGUUACUGGUGGUCUUGUUUACAAACGUUCAGUGUUUUUGCUGCUACUGUUUUUUUCUUAAGAAUUUUUUUUUUUGAUACUUCUUAAAAUUGUCUUUGAGUGGUUGCAUUCAGCUGAUACUGGAGCCUAUUUUUUUAUGAAUUGUUAACUGACAAGGCAAAUUACUCAGUUUGUCUUUCUACAAAGCUAGUUUUAAACAGAUUGGUACUUUCAAUGAACAAAAAUGAGAACAAUGAUCUGUUUACUCCGGGGCUUUUUCCCCCCCGACUUAAAUGCCACUUUGUAAUUGCAUCCGUGUUUUAGAUCUUACUUAUUCCGGGGUUGGCACAGGGAGUCCCUGUUCCCUCUGCAGGUGCAUCUUGUCCAGAUGAGUGUGAGCUGCUUAGCGGGGCUGCAGCUGCCGUUCGAAGGUGUCGCCCCUGCGGGCCACUCUCAGGCACACACCGACCCUUGUCCUCUCCCUUCCACACACUAAAUCAAGGGCUGCAUGGCUGAGUCCGACCUCAUCCCUGCCCUUUAGGAUUUCGUCUCGUGGAUAUAAAACUGAACAUAAGGUAUUGACAGACUUAAUCUGUGGGAAAGUCCCGUCAAUGAGCAAUGUGAUUUUAGUAAUGACAAUAAAAUCAUGGACCUCAAUUAAAAAGGUGAGGUAAAUCGCUCAACCGUUAUGAAUUUAUUUUUCCUAAUAUUUCUUUUAUCUAGAUGAUUUCUUGAGGCAUGUCAGUCUGUUUUGUUGUUGUUUUUCCUUCUACCUCCUGUAUACUUUCUCCUACUUGAGAAGGGUCCCGGGCCCCUGUCCUUUCCCAGCACAUCUUCCGCCUGGAGCACAGGGGUCGCACACCCCAGGACUCACAUGCCCCAACUAAACCUAUUCCAAGUGAACUUCUCAAACAGUAGGGGCGGACGAUAGAGUGGGACCUGUCCUUUCCCUAACCCCAUCUAGUUGUGUGCAGGUGCAUGUGUGUGUGUGUGUGUGUGUGUGUGUAUUUUAUUCAGGGGUUAAUAUCGAGCACAUGAAAGAAAUGGAUGUGUCCCACUAAUCUGGUAUCUACUCUUUCCGUCACUUCGUUUCCCAUCCCAGAUGCACCCAGAGCUGUGCUCCCAUUCAUGAUUUAACCCGGUCUCUUUUAAAUAAGAAUUUAGGUCCAUGGGAUAAGAUAACUGAGAUCAAAUUUAAAGCAGUGUUUUAUUCUUACCCGUCACUUGUAUUCCUUCUUAGGAGUCCAGAAUCAAGUGGCACGUCGAUAUGCCUUAUAACACCUCUGGGAGGUUCAUGUCAGCAUCUUCAUUGCACAAGUGAGACAACAGGCUGAGAGAAGAGAAAUAACCUAAGUUCCCACGGACCGUGCAUAGGAGAGCUGGAGUUGGCAUUCAAGGCUGCCUGCCUCCAAAGCCCGUGCUCCUGGUCCCUACCCGUGUGAUACCUUUUGGGGUGAUACAAGCAGAACCAAUUCUAGCUUGUAAGUGCCGGUCAUACCUUUGCAGUAUUGGGCCGAAUGCCUUCUCCCUCGUUCUCUUGCAUCGGCUUGAGGAAGAUUCUGUGGCUUAGGCACUGCUUGAAGGGCUCCAUGUCCAGGCUGCUGUGUUUGCAAGGCACUGGUACGUGUGUGUGUGUGUGUGUGUGUGUGUGUGUGUGUGUGUGUGAGGUACAUCUUUAAUGUUGAGGAAGGAAGAAUGCGCAGCAGCUGCCAGGAAGUGAUGCUUUUGACUUUUCGUUCUGAGGAAGAAUGAGGCAAUAUAAACAGCCACUCUAUAGGUUUGGCUGAGAUGCGGUUCCUCCCCACGGUGGUGGUAGUUGCUUCUUCCCAGUGAGGUGCCCGUGAGAGCCCAGAAGCGGCUUCAGCUCAUGUGCAGCACCCUGUGGGGACGUGAUUAUUUUUGACAUAUGUUGCUCUUUAAUGGGACUUAUUCACUGUCCUGGUUUUUCCGUGCAACUCUGCUGGCUGCUGGAAAGAAGAUGAAGACUUGGUCUUUCUCAUCAGAUUCUCACCCACCAUGAGGCGUCCAGUUGCAGUACUAUGAUCGCAAUGAUUAAUUUUUCCUAUACACUGUUCACUUGGAAAGUUCUAGUAACGUGUCCUUUACAGUCAUGAUUCUCAGUUGCAGGUAGGGACUGACAGCAGGGGACAUGGAGCGAAGAAGGAUGAGGCAUCUCAGAGACGUUCUAGUGGGUUGACUGGGGUGAGAAUUAUUGGAUCCAUUCCCAGAUCUGCCCUUUCUAUUUGUGUGAGUCUGGGCAAGCUACUUAAAUGCUCUGUGCCUCUGUUUGUAAAAUGGGGGAAUAAUAAAUACAUGCUGUCAGUUUGGGAUUAGACGUGAAAAAUGAAGCACCCAGCAGAGGGCCUGGUACAAGUAAUUUUUAAGUGGUAAUAAUUAGAUCUAGACAAAUUAAAAACUUAUUUUCUGGGCACCUGGAUGGCUCAGGGGUUGAGUGUCUGCCUUUGGCUCAGGUUGUGAUCCCAGGGUCUGGGCUCGGGUCCCACAUCGGAGCCUGCU